CCGACAGUUGUGGCUGUGAUGGCUCGAUGAAAGUGGAAGCGCCGCGGAGGGGAAUUCUUUUUGUAAGGAGAACUGCUUUGCGUCAGUGGCUGUCACGGAGCAGGCGGACGGGGUCCGAGUGAAAUGCCGGUUUAUCAACACUGAUAGCCUGCUGUGAAAAUAUCGUCCAAAGGCUUUUCUUAGGACAAACUUCGAUCAGCUUGGGUGAAUGGCCAAACCACAAGUAUGAAUACCUCUCAACUUGUUGAGCUAUCUACCUAGUUUUACCAGUGUGAAUUGCCAUGACGACGGCCUCAGGGUCAGACUCCGGGCCUCCAAAGGAGCGUCAGGAGGAACCAAAGGAGGAGAAGAAGAAAGAGAAGAGGAGAGGAAAGAGAAGGGGUGGAGGAGAGCAGAGGAAAGAGCGGAAGAAAGAGGAGCAGACUGCUGCACAGACGACAGUGGCAGCCAACACAGCUCCGUCUCGCUCCCAAACGCCUUUGACAUCACACAGGCCUCCCAGAGAGAGCUUCCCAGCAGAGGUUGUCGAGGACACCCCUUCCUCAUCAGCAAGCAGUAGGUUGGACACCCGUGGUUCCUCUGAGGAUCAGCGCUCCCACAGAUCAUCCAGAAGCUUCCGUCUGUCCAGACCUCCCCACGGCAACCCCAACCAGCUCAGGAAGAUGCAGUGCCGAAUCACACUACUGGACGGGUCUGACUACACCUGCACGGUGGAGAAGCGAGCCAAGGGCCAGGUGUUGUUUGACAAAGUGUGUGAGCACCUGAACCUGCUGGAGAAGGACUACUUCAGCCUCUCCUACCGGGAUGUGGAGAACCAGAAGAACUGGCUGGAUCCUGCCAAAGAAAUGAAGAAGCAGCUUAGCAAUGGGCAGUGGAACUUUGCCUUCAGUGUGAAGUUCUAUCCCCCGGAUCCUGCUCAGCUGCAGGAAGACCUAACCAGGUACUAUCUGUGUCUGCAGCUGCGUGAUGACAUCGUGUCCGGCCGUCUGCCGUGCUCCUUUGCCACACAUGCCGUGCUGGGCGCUUUCACAGCGCAGGCAGAACUCGGUGACUACGACCCAGACGAGCUGGGCAAGGACUACCUGAGUGAUCUGAGCAUUGCCCCCAGCCAGACCCGCGAGCUACAGGACAAGGUCAUGGACCUGCACUGCAACCACAAGGGAAUGAGUCCUGCUGACGCAGAGAUGCUCUUCCUGGAGAAUGCCAAGAAGCUGUCCAUGUAUGGAGUAGAUCUGCAUCAUGCUAAGCUGGUAGGAAAACUCUUUGAGUGCCUGGCCCCAGCUAAGGAUGAGGACUCUGAGGGUGUGGAGAUCAUGUUGGGGGUGUGUGGCAGUGGGCUGCUCAUCUACAGAGAUCGCCUGCGCAUCAACCGCUUCGCCUGGCCCAAGAUCCUCAAGAUCUCCUACAAGAGGAACAACUUCUACAUCAAAAUCCGCCCAGGGGAGUUAGAGCAGUUUGAAAGCACCAUUGGCUUCAAGCUGCACAACCACCGCGCCGCUAAAAGGGUAUGGAAGACCUGCGUGGAGCACCACACCUUCUUCAGGCUGGUGUCUCCAGAGGCUCCGCCCAAGCGCUUUCUGUCUCUGGGUUCUAAGUUCCGCUACAGCGGGCGCACGCAGGCCGAGACCCGGAAAGCCAGCUCUCAGAUACAGAGGCCCGCACCCAUGAUCCAGCGCUCCGCCAGCAAGAGAUACACCAUGUCCCGUAGCCUGGACGGGGCUCCAGUGACAUCCAACCACGACGGCUUGAUGAAAGAGCCCAAGGCUGCCUCAGACAAAAAUGCUAAACCUGCCACGAGCAACCUUAUCACCCUGGAGACCCCAGAGAAAGUGGUAGAGGAGGAGACCAGUGCCACUGAGGCAUCUGACCCUGCCCAACCUGCUCCUGUUGCCAAGAACAGCCUCAUCAGGCGAAUCAACAGGGAGAACGUCUUUGUGAAGCACAGCAAUCUCAUGCUGCAGGAGACUGACACACCUGAGGAGGUGCUACGGCGGCAGACCAACCUGAGCGAGCUCAAGCGCUCGUUUCUGGAAGUUUCCACGCUCAGUCCCGGCCAGACGGAGUGGGACCGCCGCAUGUCCUCCUCGCCUGUCACCACCCAUCGAUAUAGCAACGCUGUGCCCACCAUCAAGCCCUGUCUGUCCCUACAGAAAACGGAAGAAGAUACCAAAGCCACACCUGACAACACACCUGAGGACCAGCAGCAAGAGACCCCAUCAGAGGACGCAUGUAAGCAGGAGUGGUCUCCAGCGCACCCUGUGGGUGAGGAGAAGAUGGGCAGGUGUGUGGAGCAGAGUGAGGUUGGAGGGGCACCUGACCACCGCUCUGACUGGGAGCGCGCUCUCAGAGAGGCCUACUCUGAGACACCACAGUUUGUCUGCACUCUCACCAGCUAUGAAGAUGAGGAAGAUGAAGAAGAUGAAGAGGGAUCUGUGAGAGCAGAGGGAUAUUCGUCGCUGUCACAGUGUCCCAGGGAGUCUUCGUAUGGAGCUGCCAUCAUGGGAGCAGGGGCAAUUCACGCCCAGUGGGAGACAUGGAAGAUCUAUACCCUGGCAGACGUCCCGGAGAUCCUUCCGCAAGACGCGAGCAGUGAUGAACGAACAAGCACUGAGGACGAGAGCGACAGAAGAGAAGAGGAGAGUGAGACUGAGAGAAAACAGAUGCCCUUAGAAAUAGAUGGUGCUAGAGAUGCCCUCAUAGCACUCGCCGAGAUGGAAUCCAUCUCCCGCAGACAUAUCCACACAGGACAAGAGGACCCAGAAGAGGCUGAUUACAGUGAGAGAGAGCAGACGGCUGAGACUUUAACUGUGCUGGGAGAGGGACGAGGAGAGUCACAGAGGAUCGUAUCAAGCUUUGAUGCUACCACACAGGAAGAGGUAGACAGUAGAACAACCACAGAGGAUGCUCCGUACGAGGAAGAGUUGAGCUUCAGAGGGGACUUCUGUUCCAGUCUCACGGACGAGUCUCUCACUGUACACUGUAGAACAGACACCGACUGCACUCUGUCCGAGGAAGACAUGAGCUUCAGGAGUAACUUUUGCUCCACCCUGACGGACGAGGCGUUCCAGAUAGCGCCUGGCUUUAGCUUGGAUCUGGCCCAAAUGUGGCAGCCUGGCAGAUACGCGCUCUGGUCAGAGACCCCUGCGGAAGAAGACACCGGCUACAGGUCCACAGAGACAUACACACCUCUCUCAGAAGAGGGUCAGCUCACACAACAGAUGUUCAGAGAGAAUAGUGACCAAGUAUCGUAUGCUGCUGAUACAGAGGAGGUGGAGGCCAGCUGUGUGAUGUCUGCCCAUGAUGCCUUUCUUCAGGUUGAAAACCAGGAAGGGAACACAGAGAAGGGACGUACAGUGUCUGCUUCUCCAUGGACCCCCUCUGAACUCUUUGUUGCCCAGGACCAGCGCUUCCAGAACCAGGAAGAGUCUGUUGAAGCAGGAACUGACUCAUGGGAUUUGUUUUGGUCAGCCCAAGAACAGGCUGAUGACGUCCGAGAGACUCGGUCCAAUUGGAGUGAGAUGUCAGCGGAGGUUUCUGAUCUGAUCUCCGAGGUUCCCCAGUGUCUCAAGAGGCUUGUGCAGGUCAGAGUGUUAGGAGCAGAUGAGGUGGUGGAACAGGAAGAGGAAGAUUUUCCAGAGAGGAGUCUUCACGACAGGUCAGAGGUCAACGAGAUGGAGCAUGCUCAGUUUGGCCUGCAGUCCAGUGUUGUCAACGCUCGCUACGUCACAAAAGCUUUGCCAGCGCUCCGUGUGGUGUCUAAAUUGUCCUACACAGGGAGCCCUGCCCAGUGUCCUUCCAUUCUGAUAUCUGAAGGGGGAUCAUGGGUUACCCCGCAGAAUACAGAGCUCACUGAGCAAGAGGUGGAAGAAGCAGGAAUGAUGAGCCCAAAAGACGAAGCCCCUCCCACAUCCUAUGAGUGCCUACAGGAGGAGCGAGGAGCCAUGGUGAAUGCUCACCCCGCAUUAGAGUGCCCUGUUGUGGCUACACAGGUGGAAGCCUCUCCCUUAGCCCUCAUCUCAACCACUGAAGAGGCCCAGGUUCAAACAGCAGAGGCGAAGGCACAAGAGGUAGUGCAGGUAGUUGAGGAGGAGCUUGUGUGGACAACACAGAGGACCCAUGAGCUUGUGGAGGAGGCAGAAGAGAGGGUUGGGGCGGUGGUCAAUAUUGAAAGUGAGAGCACAGACUCCCAGGUCCAACCAGAGGUGUGCAGUGCACCUGAGCCAGCAGUAGGGGGCACCACUGAAGAUCCCUGCAGAGAGGAAUCACCAUCAACUGUACAGGGGGAUUCAGAUGUAAUUGACCUAGUAGAGGCACAGCCAGAGAAACAGCACAAACACCCUCAACAUGCUGAAGAGCUGAGUGAACCACAUCUAGAGGCCUUGGGGACUGGUGACCAGAAGGAAACUGAACAAGACAACCAGCAGGAGAAUGACCCAGAGGUUCAGGAAGAGGUUCAGAUGGAAGAUCACCCAGAGGUUCAGGAAGAGGUUCAGAUGGAGGAUUCGGCCAGAGAUGAAGAGCAUGUCACAGAGGAGCAGAGUUCAGCUCCAGAGAUGAACGGCCAUCCAAACGGACAUCUAGAAAAUGCUGGACAAGAACCUGGUAUGGUAGAACCGGAGACUGAAACAGUUCAGUAUCCAGAAGAACAAGCUGAAGAAGGUACAGAGGUCUCCAAGGACGGUGAGGUUGGUGAAGUAUCUGCUGAGGGGGCAGAAGAUUGUACAGUGGAACGUUCAUAUGAAGAAGAAAAGCCUGCUGGUUCUCCAGCCCAGCAAGAAGUAAUGUCAUCUGUCAGCGUUAACAAUGAAGUCAAGUUAAUCCAGUGCUCCGACAGGGCAGGGGACGCACCUAUAGAGGAAGUGUCGGAAGCUGUUGUGGUAGUAUUGCAUGUGCAAACGAUCACUGAAGAUUCAUCGCAGGAUCUGUCCGCAGAUGCAGAAGAGACCCUAGAGGAAGCGCAGAGUACGGAGUCGGAGGAGAACAGUGCUGAAGAGGUGGCCGGCACCAUAGCCAUGGAGGACUUGGCUGUCCCAACCAUAGAAGAAAAGGAGCAAGCCAGAGAGGAACAUGAAGUGAUUCGAGAGGAGAUACAGGAAGUGAACGAGGACAAACAGGAAGUAGAGCCUCACAAUGAGAAUGCAGAGGAGGUGAAGGCAGUAGCAGAGAAAGAGGAGGAGGAGGAGAAGAAAAAUGAGGAGGAUCCAGCCACCACAGAGGUCCCAGUCGUCCACACAGAGACCAAGACCAUUACGUAUGAGUCGGCGGAGGGAGACACAGACACCGAUGCUGACCCCGGUGUGCUGAUGAGCGCACAGACGAUCACCUCGGAAACAACCAGCACUACGAUGACCACACACAUCACAAAGACAGUAAAGGGCGGCAUCUCCGAGACCAGGAUUGAGAAGCGUAUCGUCAUCAGCGGAGACACCGACAUCGAUCAUGACCAGGCUCUUGCUCAGGCCAUCAAAGAGGCGAAGGAGCAGCACCCGGACAUGGCAGUCACAAAGGUAGUGGUGCACAAGGAGACGGAGAUCUCCUCGUCCGAGGAGGUGGCCCACUGACCCCAGGAGGAUUAAGAUCUCAUCCCUCAGAUGGUGAUGUCCUUUUGCCCCCCUCCACCCCCCCAUGAACCAGCAGACAAACCCCAUACACAAACCUAUUCUUUGACCUCCAGUCCAGUGCCAUGGCAACGUAGCACUCCAAUGAACGUUGUGGAUAUGACAGCCAGCCAAUCAUCUAUCUGACCAGUGAGCCAAUCACCAUUUAUCUGACUGGCUUGUUAACCAGUCACAGCAGGUCCUUGGUUUUGUCCUUUCGCUGAAUGGCCAUGGCUGAAAUAGCCAAUUACUGUAUGUGUAAACUCAUGCAUGCCAACUAAGCGUUUAGGCAUCUUAAUACGCUGUCAAACAAAAACACUUAUCAACUGAAGCAGCUACAACAACCAUCCACAACCAAAGGGGGAAAGGCUGUUUGCUUAACUGCCUUAUCAGAUCUGUGAUAUUUUUUCUUUUUUCUUUUUUAAUUGGAAAAUGUAUAAUAACUGUUUUUGUCAUACAGUAUGCUCAGAUGAUUGAUGUAAGGUAGCCUAUUUAUAAAGGAGCACUUGACAGUAGAGAUGAGUGUUUGUGUUGCCGCGGACACAUAACAGUUCAUUGGCAUGCCAAUAGAACGGUAUUGCUGCUGGAAGUGUGCUCUAUGCACUUGAGGGUUCUGGAGAUCCAAGUGGAAUCAAAGAACCCUUCAGAAGAUGGAGAAGAAAUGGCAUGUUCAUAUACCUUUAUAAAUGCAGGCCUAUAUCACUAUCUUAAAAAAAAGAUGUUUCUACUACAAUCAUGUAUUAUUUUUUUUGUGAUUGACUUUUUUUUUCCUGCGUUUUAUGCCAUUUCAUCAGGUUCAUUUAUCAUGUAUGGGGCUAUGAAUUAAACAGACAACUAAUAUGCACAAGCAAAAUGCUUGAAAGGGCUGGCUUUCACAAAUAUAUAUAUAUAUAUAUAUAUAUUUGCAGGUUUCCUUCCCUCUUGAAUUGCAUCUGCUUAUGUUUAAUGAAUAACUAAGUCAUCCAAUCAAAGACAUUAACUGUCCAUAGUUUGCCAGCUUAAAGUUUUAAGUCCAUCAUUCAGGUAAUGGUGAACAGUGAGCCUGCAUUCCUCUUAUGUCAACUAUCAACUAUCGUUUGUUAUUGUAUGAACAGCUAUAGUUCGGACGCCACUGACCGUGAUUAGCUAGAUAACUGACUUCACAAGGUAUUUUAGCUUCUUGUUGGUCAGAUGAGCGGUUUGUUGUUCAGUGUUUAAUCUCCAACCGGGCCAAAUCAAUCUCUGUAGGCCUACACUACAUAAACUAGUCCCUGACCACCAUUCCCAUAAGCAGCUGGCUUGCUGGUCACACACACACACACACAUUCAGAGGGAGCUGUCUGGGCACACAGGAGUCAGCCAUUUUGAAUGUCCAAGUCUUCUCUUCUCCCUGUUAUCUGUUCUGAUAUUUUAGCUGAGAAAAAUACAUAUUUUCAUGAUCAUGCCAUCCCUGGAGAGACAAAGAGUAGGAACAAAACAAAAAAAUGCCAAAUGCAUUUUUGUGAUUUUAAGUUUUUAUUUUUAAAUAAAAUGUUUAUCAAAUCA